AUGUGGUUCUUCAAGGGUCGGGAAGGGAUAAGUGGCUUCUCCGAUGUUGCUCAUGUCCAUAGGCGACGCACGUUCAACUGUUCCAAUCCGUAUAAUAAAGUAAUCGUGGCGGAGGGCUCUCCUCUGAGGUGCCAGUUAACGCCUCCAGGAGGGUUAACAUUAGGAGACGAAUUUGUCGUGAAAACGAAUAAAUUCAAAUACCUUGGUUCCGUGCUGCACGAAUCUGGUGAAAUCGAUCACGACGUCCAAGUCCGAAUAAGUGCUGCUUGGGCAAAAUGGCGAGAAGUAACCGGUGUCAUCUGCGACCCUAGGAUACCGGUGAAGCUAAAGGGCCUUGUGUACAAGAGCAUCAUCCGACCAGUCCUACUAUAUGGUAGCGAGACCUGGCCUGUCCUCGGAAGACAUGUCCAGCAGCUUCACGUCACCGAAAUGAAGAUGUUGCGAUGGAUGUGUGGCGUUACGCGAUUAGAUCGCAUACGUAACGAACACAUUCGUGGCAGCCUUGGAAUUCGUGACGUAGCGGAUAAGCUGCAGGAAAGUCGCCUCCGAUGGUAUGGCCAUAUAAGCCGCAGACCAGUAGACUACGUCGGAAAUAGAUGCCUCAACCUCACUGUCCAAGGCCCUAGUUCACGCGGCCGCGGUAGGCCUAAGAAGCGCUGGCUGGAGGUCGUGAGAGCGGACAUGGUGGAGAGCAAUCUCACAUCUGAGGAUGCCGAAGAUCGGGCAAAGUGGAGAAGAUUAAGUAGGAGAGCGGACCCUGGCGCUAGGCCGGGAAAACGCUAGGUUGAAGAAGAAGAUUCU